AUGGACCGCGAAUCCAGUUCCAUGGAAUUGGGUUUGUUCCGUCACACUACUGGUCCGGUUGCUCUGCGCGUCAUAAAUAGAUUCGCGUACCGUCCGGUUAAGGACAGUGCAGAUUGGCAGAUGGUGAUAGCGAAGAUGGAACGGUACUGUCCUGGUGAAUCUAACGAGACUUAUGAACGAUUCAUUUUCAAAUACAGGAGGCAGCAGCGUGCUGAGUCCCUCAGUGCAUUCGUCCAAUCCCUAAAGUCACUGACACGUUCGUGCAAUUUCCGUGCCUGUUUAGAAGAACGUUUAAUAAAGGACCGGAUUGUCGUUGAUUUACGGGAUUCUGCUGUGGUAAAGCGCCUUUUGAAACCUCCAAAGCUGACAUUGAAACAAUGUAUUGGCAUAUGUCUUAUUCAUGUGGCCUCGGAGAAGCAUAUGUAG